GGCUGAUCUUUCUUGGCCUCGCAUAUAUUCUCCCCCGCCUUUCACCUUACUGUAACUAAGCGUCUCGUCUUUUUAACUUGCAUCUUUCCCUGUCACAUCAACAUCUCGUCGGAAAGAUGUCCGACGGUUAUGAGACGGUUACUGCGAGGUGCCUAUGUGGCGUAGCACGCCACCAGCUCGAGCUAGCGAAGGCAGAUCUACCGUUGCGACUGAGCAUCUGCCACUGCCAUUCAUGCCGACACAUGACAGGAACACUAGGCCUCACAUUCAUCCAACUCGCCGCGGACUACGCCCCCGCCCCCGCCGUCCUCGCUAACCUGACCGCCUUCCCCUUCUCCAAGCGCCUGACGCAAUACUUCUGCUCCACGUGCGGCACGCUCAUGCUCUCGCACUACUGGAAGGAUGGCGAUGACCGCUCAAAAGGGGAGCAGUGGGAUGCGAUGACGGGCACGCUGGAGCAAGCGGACGGCAUUUUCGAACUGCAAUCGCACGAGUUCGUCGCUGACACUCUCGACGGCGGGCAGGCUGACUUUCUGCCUUCGGUGAAUGGCAAGGCAAUCUCGAGAUGGGCGGGCUGGCCUGGCAAGUCGGAGCAAUUGCCGCUGUACUGGACUUCCCCUAACAGGCCAUCAAUCCGCGAAUCGCGGGCGGAAAAAGUGCACGCGCACUGCAAAUGCGGCGGUGUCCAAUUCUGGAUCGCGCGGCCGUCUGAGCGGUCCGAACAGGCCUCUUGCCCGUGGCCGGAUCUCAUUAUUCCGGACCAUUCGACAGAAGCCCGGCCCGCGCCCGCCGCGUGGUGGCUUUGCGAUGGCGGGAAGAAGUUCCUCGCUGGUGUCUGCGCGUGCAAUAGUUGCCGACUCGAUACAGGGAUGGAGUGGAUGCCGUGGGCAUUUGUGCCGGCGAUCGACAUCACGCUGGACGCCGAGGGCGAUGUUCCGUUCUCUCUGCCUUUUAGUACGCUGCGAGCGUAUACCUCUUCUCCGCAUGUUAUUCGAUGGUCUUAUUGA